GUGUUUGAACAGGAAGGCGGACAUGUUGGACAGCCUGUGGGACCGAAUCGGGGCAUCGUCCGCUGCUUCCCCCCCACAACGGCGACCGAAAACGCAUCCGAAUCCAAGCGCGUACGCGACCCGCAUCGGACUGCUCACGUCGUUGACAGUCGGUGACGGCCCUGGCGGAAGGAUUUAGUUUUUUUUCCCCCCCUUCAAAGACUCGCUCGAAUUUUGGAAAGAAGCAGAAGUUUCCCUCCCACUUCUUCUUUUGAGCUGUCACGUUAGUUUUUGUCGCCCUCUCUUGCGCGUACUUGGCACGGACAUGGGAACAGGCCCGGACUAACUCAGUUUAUGUUUUAAUUGCAAUUUUUGUUUUGUUUUGUUUUGUUCGGAUGCACCGACGUUUGAAGCCCUGAGCUGCGGGCAUCCUGCGGAGGCUGACUAAUCUUUGACCGUCGCGUCGCCCCUGAAAGUUGUUUGUCAGCCGCAUUCGGAGGGGGACGACACCGUACCAUAUAAAAGAUGUGGCUUUUGUACAUCCAGAGGAACCUCAAACGUUUUAUCGCUUGUUCAGACUCGAGGAGAACGAUGUAUUGGCUUUAAAACUUUCCACCAAGAAGGAAAAAAACCCAAACUAACAAUCGGCUAGCUAGCUAGCUAGCGAGCUACCGCUAGCGGCUAACGCUAGCUAGCCGUUCCGUUGCCUCCCUUUUUUUGUUCCCAUCAAAAAGCAAGACACCGGGGGUCUUAAAUUAACGCCGAAAAUGUCUUCUGGAGAAAGUAUGGAGGCUCGGUUUGGAAAAAUCGACGCUAUGCUGAAGGACCCCAAGUCAGAGAUAAACACGGAUUGUCUUCUGGACGGCCUGGAUGCACUGGUGUACGACCUGGACUUUCCUGCCCUGAGGAAAAACAAGAGCAUUGACAACUUCUUGAAUAGAUAUAAGGAUACCAUUAGUAAAAUCCGUGACCUGCGGAUGAAAGCGGAAGACUAUGAGGUGGUGAAAGUCAUUGGGAGAGGUGCAUUCGGGGAGGUGCAGCUGGUGAGGCACAAAGCCACGUGCAAAGUGUACGCCAUGAAGCUGCUGAGCAAGUUUGAGAUGAUCAAAAGGUCAGACUCUGCUUUCUUUUGGGAGGAGAGGGACAUCAUGGCUUUUGCCAACAGCUCCUGGGUGGUGCAGCUUUUCUUUGCAUUCCAAGAUGAUCGCUACCUCUACAUGGUGAUGGAAUACAUGCCUGGUGGGGACUUGGUCAACUUGAUGAGCAAUUACGACGUUCCGGAAAAGUGGGCUCGCUUUUACACAGCUGAAGUGGUGCUGGCGCUGGAUGGUAUCCACGCUAUGGGCUUCAUUCACAGGGAUGUGAAGCCUGACAACAUGUUGCUGGACAAAGCGGGCCAUUUAAAGCUGGCAGAUUUUGGCACCUGCAUGAAAAUGAACAAGGAUGGUAUGGUACGAUGCGAUACAGCGGUGGGAACGCCAGACUACAUUUCGCCAGAGGUACUGAAAUCCCAAGGAGGAGAUGGCUAUUAUGGCCGGGAAUGCGACUGGUGGUCGGUGGGAGUGUUUCUGUACGAAAUGCUAGUUGGUGACACGCCGUUUUACGCUGACUCGUUGGUCGGCACCUAUAGCAAAAUCAUGAACCACAAGAAUGCACUUACCUUCCCUGAUGACAAUGACAUCUCCAAUGACGCCAAGAACCUCAUCUGUGCCUUCCUGACUGACAGGGAGGUCCGCCUGGGCCGGAAUGGCGUGGAUGAGAUCAAAAGGCACCCUUUCUUCAAGAAUGAUCAGUGGACAUGGGAGAAUAUCAGAGACACGGCUGCCCCGGUGGUGCCCGAGCUGAGCAGCGAUGUCGACACCAGUAACUUUGAUGACAUUGAAGAGGACCGCGGUGAGGAAGAAACCUUUCCAAUACCAAAGGCCUUUGUCGGCAACCAACUGCCUUUUGUGGGCUUCACUUACUACAGCAAUCAGCAUCCUUUGCGCAGUUCCACUUCCGCCUCAAAGACAAGUGACAAACGUAGCAGCUCGACAAAGGAGGACAAAAGUCAUUUGGAGAACCUGCAGAAAAGAGUCUACCAGCUGGAGGAGCAGCUCCACAGCGAGAUGCAGCUGAAGGAUGAGUUGGAGCAGAAAUGCAGGACUUCAAACACGAAGAUUGAAAAGAUCAUGAAAGAACUGGAUGAGGAGGCCAACUUGAGGAAGAGCGUGGAGGCCAGCAUGUCCCUGUUGGAAAAGGACAAGAUCAUGCUACAGCACCGAUUUACUGAAUACCAAAGAAAAGCCGACCAGGAGGCUGAGAAGCGACGCAAUUUGGAGAAUGAGGUUUCAACUCUGAAGGAGCAACUUGAAGACAUGAGGAAAAUUAGUCAGAACUCGCAGGCCUCGAAUGACAAGAUCGCCCAGCUGCAGAGUCAGCUGGAGGAGGCCAAUGACCUCCUGCGUGCCGAGUCAGACACUGCGGCAAGGCUGCGGAAGAACCACACGGAGGUGGCCAAGUCCAUGAGCCAGCUAGAGACCUUGAACCGUGAGCUGCAAGAGCGGACCCGCGCCGCCGAUGGCGAAAAGGCCCAGCUGGAAAAGGAACUCCUGCUGCUCCAGAGCACCUUGGACUCGGAAAGGAGGAACUACAGCCAAGACUCUGAGGAAAUCCGUGAGCUGCAAGCGAGGUUGUUGGGGCUGCAGGAGGACAACAAAAGCUUGAAGCUCAGCGUCUCCAAAGUGGAGACGGAACGCAAACAGGCCCAGGAGAGAAGCAAUAACUUGGAAAAGGAUAAAAACAACCUGGAGAUAGACCUGAACUACAAACUGAAGACCCUGCAGCAGCGACUGGAGCAGGAGCAGACCGAGCACCGGGUGACACGGGCACAGUUGACUGACAAAUACGAGUCCAUCGAAGAGGCCAAGUCAGCCGCCAUGAAUGCUGUUCAGGUGAAGAUGUCAGAGGAGAACGGCGCGAGGAUGCGAGCGGAAAGCCGGGUGGUGGAGGUUGAGAAGCAGUGCUCAAUGCUAGAGUUUGACCUCAAGCAGUCGGUGCAGAAGAUGGAGCAGCUGAUGAAGCAGAAGGAAAGGCUGGAGGACGAUGUGAAAAAUCUGAGGAUACAGGUGGAACAGGAGUCUAGUAAGCGGGUAAUGGCACAAAACGAGCUGAAGAGCCGAAUGCAGGAGGUGGACCGGCUCCGGUGUUCGGAGAAGCAACUCAAGCAGGAGAUUAAUACGGCGCUGGAGAGUAAACGCUCACUUGAGUUUCAACUGGCGCAGCUGACAAAGCAAUACAGAGGCAAUGAAGGACAGAUGAGGGAACUUCAGGACCAGCUCGAGGCUGAACAGUAUUUUUCUACACUUUAUAAAACUCAGGUCAAAGAGCUCAAAGAGGAAAUAGAAGAAAGGAACAGGCAGGUUCAGGAAGUUCAUAAAAAGGUGCAGGAGCUGUACAGUGAAAGGGAGUCGCUAUCGGCCCAGCUGGAUCUGACUGUGACAAAGGCGGAGUCGGAGCAGCUGGCGCGGGCGCUGCAAGAGGAGCAGUACUUUGAGCUCAGCCAAGAAACCAAGAAGACGGUCACUAGGCACAAGCAGGAGCUCGUGGACAAGGAGGCCACCAUUGCACGACUUGAGGAGUCGUAUAAAACUCUGACCAAAGAUGUGGAGAGUCUCGCCAAAGAGAAGGCCGAGUUGAGCGAGAAGAUUCGCACUCAGGAGGAAGAGUAUGCUGCUCAGAAAGAGGAGAUUACAAAUUCAAUCAAGGCCAUCUAUGAGAAGGUCCUCAACACAGAGCGCACGCUAAAAACCCAGGCGGUAAACAAGCUGGCAGAAAUCAUGAACCGCAAGGACAUGAAGCUGGACCAGAAGAAGAAGGGCAGCACGGCUGAUCUACGCAAGAAGGAAAAGGAGAACCGCAAGCUGCAGCUGGAACUCAACCAGGAAAAGGAGAAGUUCAACCACAUGGCCAUCAAGUAUCAGAAGGAGCUGAGUGAGAUGCAGGCGCAACUGGCCGAGGAAUGCACGUAUCGUAACGAGCUCCAGAUGCAGCUGGACAGCAAGGAGAGCGACAUCGAGCAGCUGCGUGAGAAGCUGAACGACCUGCAGCAACGUAUGGACAACUCCAGCAUCACCAGCCUGCUGACCGACGAGACGGACAGCAACAUCGCCGAAUCCAGACUGGAGGGUUGGUUGUCCAUUCCGAACCGCACAAAUAUCAAGCGAUACGGAUGGAAGAAGCAGUACGUUGUGGUGAGCAGCAAGAAGAUUUUGUUUUAUAAUGACGAGCAAGAUAAGGAGCAGUCCAACCCUUCCAUGGUACUAGAUAUCGACAAACUGUUUCAUGUGAGACCAGUGACACAAGGAGACGUGUACCGAGCAGAGACUGAAGAAAUUCCAAGAAUAUUCCAGAUCCUGUACGCCAACGAGGGCGAGUGCAGGAAGGAGGCCGACAUGGAGACGGUCCCGCAGGGGGACAAGAACUGCCUGCCGCACAAAGGCCACGAGUUCAUCCCGACCCUGUACCAUUUCCCCUCAAACUGCGAGGCAUGCUCCAAGCCGCUGUGGCACGUCUUCAAGCCGCCGCCGGCGCUCGAGUGCCGCCGCUGCCACGUCAAGUGCCACAAGGACCACCUGGACAAGAAGGAGGAUGUGAUUGCUCCUUGCAAAGUAAACUACGACGUGACCUCAGCCCGGGACAUGCUCCUGCUGGCUCUGACCCAAGAUGAACAGAAGAAAUGGAUUGGCCAUCUUGGAAAGAAGAUCCCCAAAACGCCCCCGACCACAUUUUCAAGAGCCUCGCCACGCUCCAUGUCCACUCGGCCCGGACCCAACCAGUCCUUCCGCAAAAACCCUAAAAGCAAUACAGCCAAACUGAGCCGAAUGCACUCCAGCUUCCACGCGACAGACACAACAUCCAGCACUUGUUGACAAGAGAUGCUUCGCAAAACUAACCGUCUCAACCGUUGGAUUUGUUUUUCUCCUGGACUAUUUUGUACUUUCUCCUCCUCGCUCGUCCUCAAACCGCGGACAAAACGUUGACAGUGAUAUUUCCGAAUAAAGCAUGAUGGACCCGCCCUACCUGGACAUCUUCAGCAUCACAGCUCUAGCAAGAACACGGCACCGUCGCCCCGAAAGUACGAGGUGACGUGCGGAGACUUCUGACAAUUGGGUGGGUCGGGGGGGGGGGAAUCAGCUUUAAGGUACUGUCAUCCGGGUGUUGCAGAUGUGCCGUGAGUGCUUGAAUCUCAGGACUGGAAAAAUAGAAGAAAAAAAAAAAACACCUGACAUGAUCCUUAAAUGCAACCAAACUUCCGUUUCCAUUGGAUUUAAAAAAAAAAAAAAAAAAAAUGACUGAUGCCUUUGUCUAAUCCUCUCUGGCCUUUUUUUUUUUUUUUUUUUUUUUUUUUUUUUUUUUUUAAUAAAUUCUUAUUGCUCUCCAAGUCAGUUUAUCAGGUUUGGAAACAAGAGUAUUGGGACACGAGUAUUAGAUGUAUUGAGUAAGAUCAUUUAAAUCUAUGCAUUAUUUUAUUAUUAUUCUAAUUAUUUUUAUUGCUCCCAAGCCAUAAGGAAGCUUCCGUUGUAAUGGCGUAUAGGAGUCCCUAAAACUUCCAUCACUUUUUUUUUGUUUUGUUUUUCUGUUUAUUUGGUACAUUGUCUCUUGUGAUAUAUAUUUUCUUGCUUGUAUUUUUUUUUUGUGUGUGUGUAAUGUAUUGCCUUACAUUGAUUCCUAGACAAAUGGUUCAAAAAGGAAAAACAUUUAAGUUAACAAAUGUAAAAAAAACUGCACUGUUUGAAUUGUAAAUUAUUUGAAGACUAAAACAGGUGUAGCAUUUGGUCCACCUAGUGCCUUAAUAAUCUUUGGGUAUUGAUUUAACUGCCAUAUCUUACACCCCGCCCCCCCCCACACACACAAUCCUUUCAAAACCAGACAUAUUUUUUUAAAUACCAUACAUGUGGUUUUAUUCCAACUUAACUUGAGUAUGUAGCGGGGUUGGGGAACGUCCACGUAUUUGAGUCGGCCCUCAAUCACAAAUGCUCAUAAUAUAUAAUAAUAAACAUGAAGAAACGUCCUCAGAAGUCUUUUACUGAAAUGGUUCCCCACCCUUGACAUAAAGUGCAUAUUAGUUUACCUCGUUAGGCAUAUUGCAAUGGAGUUAGUAUGUGAAAAAUGAAAAAAAAAAUAAAAAAAUAA